CACACCGACCAAAUACCUAGGACUCUCUACACACAACACCUCGCAAAUUUCAAAACUACCGCAAUAAACCAAUACAAACCCACCAUGUCCCGCGAACAAUACCAAGUCCCCAACCUGGGCGGCGGCGGUGCCCAGAACGCCUUCGGUGAUGCUGCCGGUGGUGGCCCCAUGGACGGCCCUGUCGUCGCGUACCUGUGUGGCGAGUGCAACUCGCGCGUUUCGCUGAAGAGGGGAGACCAGAUUCGGUGCAAGGAGUGCGGUCAUCGGGUUUUGUAUAAGGAGAGGACGAAGAGAAUGGUUCAGUUCGAGGCGCGGUGAUUUCGGUACUGAUAGAGUCGGUGGUUUGAGUUGGGCUGGACUGGACUAGACUGAUAUGGUCUGGUUGGGCAUGUUUGACUUCGUUUUAUGUAUGAUGGGGUGGGUGCAUUUGGUGGCGCUUGGAGUU